GACCAGUGCGUUCCCUUCUCUUCCAGGACAGCCAGGCCUUUAGGCGAGAGAGAGUCCAGCGUCUGCAAUGGCCAGUGUCCAAGAACUGUCUGGCCAGAUGAAGUAAUGGGUCCAUUUGGUCCUCAGGACCAGAGAUUCCAGUUGCCUGGAAAUAUUGGCUUUGACUGUCACCUAAAUGGCACUGCCUCUCAGAAGAAAAACCAAGUUUCAACAAGUCUGCCUGAUGUAUUAGCAGAGCCUUCUGCAAGUGAAAGGCAUGAAUUUGUCAUGGCACAAUACAUGAAUGAAUUUCAGGGUGCUGAUGCUCCCCAGAAACAGCAAAUCAAUAAUGCCGAAAGCUACUUCGAAAACGCAAAAGUAGAGUGCGCAGUGCAAGCUUGUCCUGAACUGUUACAAAAAGACUUCCAGUCGAUGUUUCCAGAGGUGAAUGCCAACCGUUUAACAGUAUUAACUGUCACCCAGAAGACUAAAAAUGAUAUGACUGUGUGGAGUCAGGAAGUGGAGGAUGAGAGAGAAAUGCUGUUAGAAAAUUUCAUUAAUGGUGCCAAGGAGAUUUGCUAUGCACUUUGUGCUGAAGGCUACUGGGCUGACUUCAUUGAUCCAUCCUCAGGACAGGCAUUUUUUGGCCCUUACACCAACAACACCCUGUUCGAGACAGACGAACGCUAUCGCCACUUGGGCUUCUCCAUCGACGACCUUGGCUGCUGCAAAGUGAUCCGGCACAACAUCUGGGGCACCCACGUGGUUGUAGGAAGCAUUUUCACCAAUGCUGACCCUGACAGCCCCAUCAUGAGAAAACUAAGUGGAAACUAGGAGCCAGCAGGGCUUGGCAAGUUCUUCUGACCUGGUGCUUUCUUCUGCUCGAUGAUUCUCUCCAAGCGUUGUCAGGAAAUGCCGCCCGUUGAAGCAGAUAAUAAAGUAGCUGUUAUUUAUUUUAAUCUCUCUGAGUAUGUGUUCACCACAUCUGACUUAGGCUAUUAAUUGAUGACAUUCAAACUGAUGCUUUUGAUGUGCCAUAUGAAUUUUUGAGCUGGGAGCUUUCCCUCCCUCUUAAAGGAGUUGAAAGCUACGUGCACGUAGCUGCCUGUGUUCCUUUUUUUUUUUUUCUUAAAGGUACCUUGCAAGCCACACUUCUUAACCAGUUUGUCUUACAGUGUCUGACAAACCUCUGCCCCU